GUUGUUCAGCUCACUUGCGGUCCGCGACGUAUGCAGCUGAUGUGAAAAUUAUAUAUAAUACAUAAUAUAGUUCCCUCCCCAAAAUUAUAAACCCAUCCCCCUUCAGCAGCUUCAGUAUUGGGGAGCCUUACCUACCUUCUUGUCCCACCCGUGAUAGGUAUUAUUUACCUUAUAUUACUAGGGAAGGAUGGCGUUGGCCCAGUACGACUACCUUUUUGCUAUAGGCUUGAUAUUUGCCUUCCUUGAUGCUUGGAAUAUUGGAGCCAAUGAUGUGGCCAACUCAUGGGCGACUUCGGUCGCGUCUCGCUCGUUAACCCUGUUCCAGGCCAUGAUAGGGGCCAGCAUCAUGGAAUUCGCAGGAGCACUCGGCGUGGGAGCCCGCGUGGCCGAUACCAUCAGGACCAAGAUCGUCAGCCCGAAUCUAUACACCGACUCGCCCGAAGUGCUCCUCCUCGGGAUGGUCUGCGCCAUCAUCGCCUCCUCCGUCUGGCUUACUUUGGCCACUAGGAUCGGUUUACCGGUAUCUACUACCCACUCCAUCAUGGGAGGUGUUAUUGGGAUGGGAGUUGCAUCUGUGGGAGCCAAAAACGUCACAUGGGUUGCACCGGCUGGUACCAAGUCCACGGAGGUGAUCAAUACUGGUGUGGUCUCGGUCUUCCUCGCCUGGAUCAUUGCGCCUGGUCUCUCGGCCAUUUUCGCUUCUAUCAUAUUCCUCAUCACCAAAUACGGAGUGAUGCUGCGCAAGGAUCCCGUCAUGAAGGCUUUCGCCUUAGUCCCCGUCUACUUCGGGUUUACCGCGUCGCUUCUGGUUAUGCUGCUGCUCUGGAAGGGCGGCGGGUAUACCAUCGACUUGAAAGACAACGAGCUCGCUGCUGUGAUCGUCUGCAGUGGUAUUGGCUGGGCUGUCGUUAUUGCGAUAUUCCUCAUGCCCUGGUUAUGGCGCGUAGUCGUCCAGGAGGACUGGGAACUUCGGUGGUACCACAUUCCUCUCGGCCCCCUUCUUUUGCGACGCGGCGAGGUCCCACCACCCCCGUCGAACUUCCAGGGCGCCAUCCGCAACUUCUACGAAGGCCAUCUCACGAAAGAGGAGCUUGAAGCCAAGCGCGCCGCCGCUCUAGCUCGGAACGACGUCGAGGCAGCCGGCAGCAAGGAAACCGCCAACGAAGCCAACAUCGCAGACGCCAUCGUCAAGUCCUCGAGGCAAUCCGACCAGGGAUCCGACGAAUUCGCCAACGUCCCGGAGAAGAAGUCGAUUGUCGGCCCCAAGCCCGAGGGCGUCGCGUGGUAUUCCGGCCAGAUGCUGUUCUGGUAUCUCAAGAAAGCGCUCCUCAACGGUGUCGACCAGGACGUCGUCAACAUGCAGAAAAAGAAGGAUAUGUUGUCGGGGGAUCUCGAGGAGAAACACGCGCGAGCAGCACACUACGACAACAAGGCCGAGUUCAUGUAUUCUUUCCUGCAGAUCAUGACCGCUUGCACAGCUUCUUUCACGCACGGUGCUAAUGACGUUUCGAAUGCCAUCGGCCCCUUUACGACGAUCUACCAGAUAUGGCAACAGGGCGAGGUUCCUACGAACCCCGAAGUACCCCUUUGGAUUCUUGCCUUCGGUGGUGUCGCCAUCGUCAUCGGCCUCUGGACUUACGGGUAUCAUAUCAUGGCUAACCUUGGCAACCGGCUAACGUUGAACUCGCCCUCUCGAGGUUUCUCUAUGGAACUUGGAAGUGCUGUUACCAUUAUCCUAGCUACGCGACUCAAGCUCCCGGUAUCGACUACGCAGUGCAUCACGGGCGCUAUUGUCGGCGUAGGUCUCUGCAAUGGAGAUUGGCGGGCGCUGAACUGGAGAAUGAUUGGUUGGAUCUACGGAGGCUGGAUCUUGACAUUACCCUGCGCCGGGAUCAUCUCCGGGUGCCUCAUGGGAUUCAUUUUGAAUGCCCCGCAUUGGCGUUGAAGAUCUUGAGAUGAAAUAUAAAGAGAGCUCAGACUAGAGCAUUAUAACUGAGAAAUAUGGGCAACUGUUGGAGAAAUUACCCCGAAGAUACCCAAUGAGUAGUAAUAUUCUUUUUCGUCAUAAAU